UGAAAUGGUUUCAUUUGAUUUUGAAUGGUGGAGUUACUUUGUUGGUUCGCUAAUGAGUUAGAACUUAGAUGGAGACGACGAACACGGAUUUGCAGAGUCUGAUAGAGAGGGCACGCGAUUUGCAAGACAAACUGAACCAAGAAAUCAAAAAGAACAAGGAAGAAAACAAGUAUCACAGUUCACAAGAUCAUGAAAAUCAAUGGUUCUGCAAAUUUUCAGAGACACCAUUAAUAUUGCAUGAUGAGACGCAGAGAUUGAUCGGCUCGAGGGAUUCUUUGAAGCAAGUCGAAGACAUGCUCAUUCACAUCCAGAGAAUGAGAGCAUGGCAUUUCAUAAACAAGCAGGUUGCAGUGAACCAGGUAGAAGAAAGCAGAGCAAUUCUGAUGCAGAAAGUGUCAGAUUAUGAAGGCAAGCCAUAUAGUGUGAUCGAUGAAUUGGAUUCAAGCUUUGGUAAUUGGAGCUUCAACAAGAAGAGAACCAACUGUUUCCUUCUCUGUUGCAUGAAAUUUCUGUGCAAUCCAGAAACGUGGCAGAGAGUGGUUGGAGGAGCUGCUAAACUCAUAGCAGCUUCGAUUACUGUUUCCUCCACUGUGUAUUUCUGCAGAAGAAGGCAUCAAUCUCAAUGUUGCAGAUCAAUUGAAAUAAAUAGCCACUUUGAUGUUUACAAGGGAAGAGGCUGAAUUCCAAUAUUCAUAUAAGAUUCAUUUUAUUUGUUUGUUUGUUUGUUUUGGAGAACCGUGUAAUAUUUGAGACGAGCGACUCGUUUAGUUUCAAGUUUCGUUACAUCAUUCCUAGAUGUGUGUAAUUUCCCAACAUGGUUAUUUGAUUGUUUUGCUUUAAAGAGAUUUCAUAUAAUGUAUUGUAAUCAUUUUAAGUUCUUUUUUAGGGAAAUGAUAUGUUUAUUGGCAUGAGGUUUGAACCAUAUUCUUUUCA